GUGAAUGCCGUAAACAAUCGUUUCAGUCUGAAUCGUCUAAUUGGAGUACUGAUAAUUGACAACUAUCAAUACUAAGAGCUUGCUGCUCUUUUUUUUAAUUAACAAUGUGAAAUUACGCCAAUGAUUCGAUCAAGUGACUGAGUUUCUAUGGGAUGAAGAUGAUAAAAGGCUGUGGCCCAGGAAGACGGUUAUGAAAGGAUUAUUUUUGUGUGGACAAGUGACACACUGACUGGUAUAAUCGCAUAAUUUAUUGAUAAAAGAUGUAUUCUAAAAACCGACGACGAGAUUACACGAAUGCAAGGAGGAGCUCUCUGCAAGUGAACCUGAGUUUCGUCUCAAAUUCAUCAGACACCAGUGACACAGAGGUUAAGAACAUAAAUGAUAAACAGGAGAUCCUUGACGACAACAUGAGAAAAUUGAGGGAAGCAAUUCUUCAUAAAACUCGAGAGUUAUUCGAUAAUCAAAAUGUCUUGUGCAAGAAGACAGCGACGGUUCUAGGGGGUUUAGAGGAUGAUCAGAAUGAUCAGAAUGACCAGAAUGACCAGAAUCAGUCAAAUAGUCAAGAGAAAAAUGAAAGAGUUUCCCUGGUUCUCGGUGAGAAUGACUCGAAUGAUUGCCUCCCAAAAUCAUCGAUCAUCAGUGAAAAAGGACCCAGUGGGAGUCCUGUCGUGAGCAGCAGCAAUAAAAAAUUCACUUCAGUUAUCUUCUCCCCCCGGAAAACCAGAUCAUCUCAUUUGGCAAAUAAAGACGGAAUAAUCAUGGAAAAACCGAUAAAAUCCUCGACUUUCAUAACUGAUAACUCCACUGCGAUCAGUUGUCCAGAGAUUGGAACUAGUAAUUUAGAAUGUAUCACUCCAAAAUCAUCAAAACCAGUGAUAAGGGACGUGACAACGUGUCAUGUAUCUCUUGAUAAGAUUGAUGGGUACGAGAGAAUAAAUCGCACUAGAAAUCUGAAGGAGAUUCCCAUGGAGUUGACUCCAACAGUGGGAAACCCCAUGCCGGUAACUAAAAUUAGUGCGGAGGCCAUGAAUCCCCUGGAAAAGCUUUUGCAGAGGAAUAAUGAAAGUCUUCGGAGUAUUAGGGCAUCUCUGGAGGUGAGAACUUCGGUGGAUCCACUUGUCAAUGACUCGGCGAUGAGUCAGUCCAGGCCUCGUCAGUUAGUAUUCAAGGAGAGGAACAGUAUUUCGAAGAGAAAGAGCCUCUCCUUGAGUAAAUCGGAUAGUUCUGUUAAAAUAAUUCACCCAGCGUUGAGUGAAUCGAGCACGAGUGGACGUGAUCGUUUGUCAAUGGACGUUAAUACUUCCCUGGGGUCUAGGCGGUCAAUCAAUGUGAGUGUCGUCGAGAGUACGCCUUAUCCCGUCACUCGUUCGAUGAUGAUGAAGACUCACUCCAGGCUUAUAACUCUCUCGGAGAAAAAAUCAACUGACUCUCCUGAAACACUCAAGAAUUCUAUCACAUCGAAAUCCUUAAAUCCAGAACCAGUGCCAUCACCAUUGUCCCCCCGAUUAGAAGAUACGAUUGUCCUCGCUACCCCGCAUCCCCUCAAAGGGCCAAUAAUAAAGGACUCAGACGAGAGUGAGGUUGAAUCGGAUAAUCCCAGACAGCGAGAAAGUCCCCUGGAAGACUCCUCAGACGACGAGCGAAGCGAGAAAGAGGACAAUGUCUCACCUAGAAAAAAACAAUGCAAAAGGAGAAAGUUAUUUACCCAACUAAAUAACUCUGGGUUGGUAUCAUUGAGUCCAAUGGAGAGAGCAGAGCCUUCGCCGAAGCCGAAAACUCCAGUGAUAGAAGGAAAGAGGAGAAGAAAGAUCCCGAAAAUACUGAUCCACAAAAAUACUCAGAAGGAAGGAACAGAUACUGAGAAAACCGAGGUGAUUAAACACCGCGUAACACUUCCAAAGCCCGAGAAGAAGACGAAGAAGAGAAAAAUAACGAGCAAGAAGAUAGUAAUAAAGAAGAAAUUGAAUCCAGAUGUAGUGCGUCUGUUGAAGGAGGUUGAAGGUGAAGCCCUCGAUAAUUCAGAGCACAGCAGAGACUCGUUGAACGACUUCACAGACAGUAAACGAGUAGCCACAAAGGGCAGACACCACACCAAGCGCAUCUACAUAGUUACAACAGGCUUGUGCAAUGGUGACAAGGAUCUGGUGAAGGCUGCUGUGAAGAAAAUAGGAGGUGCCAGGAUAGAGACGUCAGUCACUCGUCAAACAACACACAUAAUCACAACUGGAGUGCGUACGAUAAAUCUCUUGAGGGGUAUCAUCAGGGGCUGCUGGCUCGUCAGUAUCCUGUGGCUCAAGAAAUCUAUCGAGGCGAGGAACUGGCAGAGCCCUGAGCGCUACGAGAUCGAUCACUUCUCUAAGGCUGUACAGGAGAACAGAAGGGACAGGGAGAUAUUCGGUAGGUCGUAUGUACCAGAGUUAUUUGCAACCUGUGGAUUGAUUUACAUCGACAGUUCCACGACACCACCCCCAGAGAUACUGAAAGAGUUGAUAAAAACAGCAGGGGGGACGGUCAUCGAGAGCCCCCGCAAGGCCAAAAUCAUUGUUGGAUCGAAGGGACUCCGAGAGAUCUGGAUUUUGGAUUCAAUAACCACCGGUGAACUACAGCCACUUGACGAUUAUCGUCGUCAUUAAUUGGACAUAUAAAAAAAUAUUUAUUUUAUUUUUUCCUAGUAAUUGAAGUUGGCUUUACAGAUGAAUUGUGUGAAUACAGAUCAUUGGAUAUAUUUAGAUAA